UUCCUCUCUCAGCCACACAGGAAGCUGAGCCAGCUCUGGGCCCAGCUCCAAACUAGCAGCAGGCCCCCAGGACCCCUGGGGAAAGGGCCAAGCCAGGCCAACCCUUCAUGGACCAUGGAAUCCAGUGCUGAAGGGGGUCCCCCGGCCAUGUUUGAUUGGUUCUUCGAAGUGGCCUGCCCUGCCUCUCUGCAAGAGGAUCCCCCCAUCCUGUGGCAGUUCCCUCCAGACUUCAGGGACCAGGAAACUAUGCAGAUGGUACCCAAAUUCUGCUUCCCUUUUGAUGUGGAAAGGGAGCCCCCCAGCCCUGCUGUCCAGCACUUCACCUUUGCUCUUACAGACCUAGCAGGCAACCGCAGAUUUGGUUUCUGCCGCCUGCGUGCUGGUGCCCGGAGCUGUCUCUGUAUCCUCAGCCACCUGCCUUGGUUUGAGGUGUUCUACAAGCUACUGAAUACAGUGGGAGACCUCCUAGCCCAAGAGCAGGCCAUCCAGCCUGAGUCGCGGCCCUCAGAAUCCCCAUCCUCCACCCAGGUCUCUGAGGCUGAGGAACUACUUCUGCAUCUGCUGCAGCAGCCCCCGCCUUGGUCCCAGGCCUCAGUGGAUCUGGGGCUGGGCAGCGGAGUGAGGAUCUCCAGCUCUCACGGAGUCCCGCCCCCUGCCCCCGGAAAUAGCAGGCCGCUUUCCUGCUUCGUGGCCCCCGAUUCCGGCCGCUUGCCAUCCAUCCCUGAGAACAGGAACCUAACGGAGCUGGUGGUGGCUGUGACAGACGAGAACAUCGUGGGGCUGUUCGCGGCGCUCCUGGCGGAGAGAAGAAUCUUGCUCACCUCCAGCAAGCUCAGCACCCUGACCUCGUGCAUCCACGCGUCCUGCGCCCUCCUACACCCCAUGCGCUGGGAGCACGUACUGAUCCCCACGCUGCCCCCACACCUGCUGGAUUACUGCUGCGCGCCCAUGCCUUACCUCAUUGGAGUGCACGCAAGUCUCGCCGAGAAAGUCCGAGAAAAAGCCCUGGAGGACGUCGUUAUGAUGAACGUGGACUCCAAUACCUUGGAGACGCCUUUCGACGACGUGCAGGCGCUGCCCCCAGCUGUGGUGUCCCUGCUGAAACUUCGGCUUAGGAAGGUCGCCCUGGCCCCCGGGGAAGGGGUAUCCCGUCUUUUCCUCAAAGCUCAGGCUCUGCUCUUCGGAGGGUACAGAGAUGCGCUCAUCUACGUCCCGGGCCAACCAGUGACCUUCAGUGAAGACGCCUUCUUGGCCCAGAAGCCUGGGGCACCCCUGCAGGCCUUUCAUCAGAGAGCUGUGCACCUACAGCUGUUCAAGCAGUUCAUCGAAGGCCGACUGGAGAAGCUUAACACAGGGGAGGGCUUCUCAGAUCAAUUUGAGCAGGAGAUCACUUGCUGUGGGGCAUCUUCAGGCACCAUUCGCACCUAUCAGCUCUGGGCAGACAACCUAAAGAAAGGCAGUGGUGCCCUCCUGCAUUCAGUCAAGGCCAAGACCCAACCAGCCAUCAGGAACAUAUGCCGCUCGGCCAAGAAUGGCUUGAAGGGUGUGCAGAACCUGAUGAUGUCCAAGGAUGGGGACUCUAGCUUCCAGAGGGGGGGCUCCCUGAAGGUCCUCACCAGCCACUCAGAUCGCCUGCAGCAGCGUCGACCCAUCAUUCAGCACUUUGGACACAACCGGCCCCUUCGCCCCAGCAGGAGAUUCCGACUGGAAGGACCUUCUGAGCCCCCAGGGGAGGGGACACCUCCUCUCAGUCCUGAGGGUGCCCAGGGCCUGUGGGCAGUGGAAGCGCUGGACAGCAGCUUCUUGAGUUCUGGAGAAGAACUGGAUUUGUUGAGCGAGAUUCUGGACAGUUUAAGUAUAGAAGCCAAGAACACAGGAACCCUGAGACCAAGCCAGAGCCUAGACUGCUGUCACAGAUGGGACCUGAAUAACUGCCUCAGCCUGCCCACUACACCAGGAAGAGCAGAAUGGCAACCCGACAAGGAGAAACCACCAGAACCCCAGCCUUCAUCCCUGCCUAUGGACCUGCUGUCCCUACAACAUGCCACUGGCACCUCAAAGAACCCCAAUUCCCAGCUGCCCUCAGAGGCCAACCAAGAAGUCAUCUCCUCAUCCCCAUCCUCAGCAGCCUCUGCAGAGUGCCCCCAUCUCAUGGAACCUUUAACCCUUCAUCUCUCCUCUCCUCACGAGACAGCUAAAGAUUCCAGAGCCCAGGAGAGCUGCUGCUUCUGGCUCCCCACAGCUCCCACACAGCCCAACCCUCCAGAAAGCCCCCAAAUUCUGGCCCCAACAAAGCCCAACUUUGACAUUGCCUGGAAGUCCCAGCCCUUGGACCCCAGUUCUCCCAAGAACCCCAGAGCCCAGCCUCCCAGAUUCCUGCUAGCAGAGCCUGCUCACCUUCAACAGCUCAAGGAGCAGGGAGCCCCCAACCCUCCUGCUCCACCAACCAGCAACUGGCAAGAAGUCCAGGCCAGAAGCCCGCCCAGAGUCGCAGAUCUUAAGAAGUGCUUUGAGGGUUAAA